AUGUCUGCCUUUUCAAAAACGAGCAUUCCUGUCGCCCUGAAAUUUGUAGAGUAUAACACGGUUCGUGAGUAUCACAAGGUGAGCGGUUAUCACAAGGAUAAAGACCUCAGUGAUGUACCAAGUGAAGUGUAUUUCCUGAAGAAGAUGAAAGAUCAUCCAAAUGUCAUCAAGUUCUAUCAUUAUCAGUCUUUAUCAUCUGAGGAAUUUGUGAUCAUUUGCGAAAGACCGACUCAUUGCAAAGAUCUCCGAAGCCUCAUGUGGGACGUAGGAGGUUUCUUCACCGAGGAUGAAACUCAACAAUGCAUGAAGAAGUUGGUCAACGUUGUAUUGGCGAUGUCCAAGAAGAACAUCGUUCAUCGUGAUCUGAAAUUGGAGAACAUCCUUUAUGAUUUCGAUACUGGUGAAAUCAAGUUGCUUGAUUUUGGACUUGCAGGGUAUAAUAAACCUGGCAACCUAGUUGACGCAUUCUGUGGUGAGUAA